GCGUCUAGAACAACUCUCUCUCUCUCUCUCUCCGUCAGUUAUCAUUCACUCUCUCAAAUUGGCCGCCGACGCCUCACAAUCGAGGGCGAAAGUCAUACCCUUUACUCGAUUUUGAUCAUCAAUGGCGCUCAAUCCCUACGGUGGUUCUUCCUCUAUCAUUCGUCUUAACAUCGGAGGCAAGAAGUUUUCCACCACAAUUGAUACUUUGACUAUGCGUGAACGAGAUUCGAUGCUUGCUGCUAUGUUCAGUGGCCGUCAUACUGUCUGUGAAGAAUCUGCAAAGGGGUAUGUGUUUGUUGAUAGAGAUGGAAAACAUUUUCGUCACAUUCUGAAUUGGUUGAGAGAUGGUGUUAUUCCUUCACUAGAAGAUUCUGAAUAUGCGGAGCUUUUGAGGGAGGCAGAGUAUUAUCAGCUUCUUGUACUAGCAGAUGGAAUUAAUGCUACUUUGAAUAAGAGAAAGGAAGAUGAAGAGUUGGUUAGUGAAUUGACUAGGAUAGAUAUCAUCAAAUGCAUACAGUCAGAACGAGUCAGAUUUCGAGGAUUGAAUCUUUCCGGCCUCGAUCUUUCAAAGCUGGAUUUGUCAUGUGUGGAUUUCAGUUAUUCAUGUCUCAAGAAUGUAUUCUUCUCCAGGGCAAACCUUCAAUGCGCAAAGUUUCGCGAUGCAGAUGCUGAAGGUUCUAUAUUCCAUAAUGCAACAUUGCGUGAAUGUGAGUUUACUGGGGCAAACCUCCGUGGAGCUUUGUUAGCUGGAGCAAAUCUUCAAAGUGCAAAUUUGCAAGAUGCCUGUUUGAUAGACUGUAGCUUCUGUGGAGCUGACUUGCGUUCUGCACAUCUUCAGUCUGCCGAUCUAAAUAAUGCCAAUUUGGAGGGAGCCAAUCUGGAAGGUGCCAAUCUAAAGGGUGCAAAGUUGAAUAAUGCCAACUUUAGGGGAGCUAACCUUCAGCGAGCUUAUCUUCGUCAUGUUAACCUCCGUGAUACACAUUUAGAAGGUGCAAAGCUUGAUGGUGCCAAUAUGUUGGGAGCAAUCAGGUGAUCAGUGAUGAUGAAGGUUACAGACAAUUGCGGUGAAAUUAUUGGCUUGCAGCAACAUAUUAUUACUUUGUUAUUCUCAUUGUGAUAAAAAAAACAUUUGCUAAUUGAUUUGUGACAUGACAUUUGUUUGUUUCGGAGGAUUCCGAGGUUUGUGUAAGUUUGGAAAUUAGUUAUACUAUUUCUCAAAGAUUGUUUUGUUG